GUUUUUCAAUUCUUUCGUCAAAAACGUGCGAAUCGCGCACAGCUGUAUCAAAUAGAUCGUAGAAGCAAAACAACCGCCUUAGGAUCGAAUUCCAGCCCUAGAAGAUCAGAGAAGACCUAACAUUGCACCCCCUUCUCAACUUUAGUCCCUCUCAGAGCUGCAAGAAGUCAAGAUCCCGUUUGAUUCGCCAACUUACCUUUUACAAAUCUUGCAUGUGGACAGAGCUGUGUUUUUCAUAUCUUAUUACCUGCCCAAUGAAGCAUGUUGUCAAGAUUAUGGCCUUGCUAGUGGCCAUUUCUUCCAUUUGGGUUGGCCUCUUGCAGACCUCUAUUAUUCCUCAUAGCCAUACUUGGUUGCUACCCAUCUAUUUUGUUGUAUCGUUGGGUUGCUAUGGUUUAUUAAUGGUUGGAAUUGGUUUAAUGCGAUUUCCAACUUGCCCUCAAGAAGCACUACUAUUGCAGCAGGACAUCAUCGAGGCCAAAGAAUUUCUAAAGCAAAAAGGGAUUGAUGUUGGCUCGGAUUGAUGAAGGCACAUAAUUUCAGGUUUAGACAGUUAAUGGCAAAACAUCUGAAAGCUUUGAGCAAUCUAUCGGUGCAUCAGAAUGCCAACUUUUCCUGUCUAUUCAAAAUUUUUUCAAAGAGUUGCAAUAUUAAAGCUAAUUAAACUUGAGGUUCCACAACGGCUCCUGGACAUGUAUGAAAAGAUGGAUUUUAUUGUUUCCUCUUUUCUCUCGCUUUUUUCCUUUUUAACUAAUGGGAAUUGAGAGUUGUAGCUAUUACUCUUAUGUGAAGUUAUACGAAGAUGAACAUCAAAACAUGAUUGCCAUUCUUAAUUAACUUUUGUAACAUUUACAAUUCUUAGCGAACAUUCUUAUAAUAUUUGUUAAGUUCAAUCUUUUA